GCUGGUUUCAAUAGCCUCACGGUCACGCAAUACGCCGGUAUAUAAGUCGUCGUGAUGGGAGAGCUUGACACACAGCGGGUGGCAGUGAGAUUGUGUGGAUUGAUACAAUACUGCGGUCAGAAGUAGCAGUGAUAAUGUCAUCUGCGGUUACCUGGUCUAUCAUGUGUUGCCUGUUGGUUACGCACGUCGUCCUCACGGCUGGACAUGACGAUGAUGAUGAUCAUGACGAUGAUUGUCAUGACGAUCAUGACGAUGAUCAUCAUGAUCAUUAUGAUCAUGCAACCUGCGUGUGCAACAUCACUGCAGUAGAGACGCCAUGUGAUCAUUCGUGGGCGAACCACCUGUUUAGUCCACCUAUAGAUUUUGGAACUGAAUGGGAACUAGUGUUCAAGGCUACUGCGGGCGUUCCCAUGAAUCUGUACACACUGUGGAUGUCGGACAGCGUACUGCACGUAAAUGUACCAGAGGCAAUGAUUCCCACUUCUCACUACCGUAUCAACUACAAGUCACACAUGGCAAACGACUGGACAUAUGUAGAGGAGGUAAAACUGGUCUUCCUCAAGAACGACGAAGUGGUGGUGUUCGUGAAUUUCAACGGCUGGUGUGAGGACAGAGUAAGUUGGUUUUCAGAAGAAAACAUCAUCGACUCUUCAUUCUCUGACCUACCAAGCUGUACUUUAUUCACCAGUAUAGCAGGGGACUCUGAUUCUGACAUGCAGAGACGGUUUUUCAUUCAUGAUUCUUACACCUGCUGCUCUGAUGACCCUGGGUGGAUAGUCGUGUUGGAUAGGAUGAGCCCACAGGAGGAUGACGAAUGUGACUGGGGAAUUAUGCGUCCGUCCGAGAGACCCAUGUUCCUGUAUUGUCCCGACGGGGAAUCGUGUUCAGCAACAUCAUAUACGUCCGCUGAUACAAUGCUCAUCCUUGUACGGCAUGGUCUUGGAUCCGGUUCCUGUGAGGAUUGAGCUGUUCCGUCACUGCAGUAUAUUCUAUUACUGAGCGUCACCGAUCAUGAUUCACUGCAAAUACGCCUGCCAAAACCGGCACAAAGUAGUAUUGGUGCUAGGCUAAUCAUUUUAAGGAACGAUGUUGGUUUAGUUUUACAAAUGUCUGUGCUUAAAUGAUCCCCGAUGUGUGGACCUUGAUUGGAUCUGAGACAGUGGUCAAUUUUUAUUUAUUAAUAUUUUCAUAUAAACAAGUAACACCUUCAAUAAUGAAUGUGACUUAAUUAAAGAAGAAUUACGUUUUAUAUUCAAGUUAUUAUUAUUUCUUAUUACAUCUUGAUUGACAACAUUAUUAGCAGAACAUGUUAUUAUGAUAAUAAUAAAUAUGGUACUAUAAAAAAAACUGUUGCACUUAU